AUGCGGUAUAGAUCACCGUUGCAAAAACUAAUUGGAGUAUGGAACCAAAUUCAAAGUAAUAUUGGUGGAGAUAUCGUGUUUGUAUUCCACAAACCGUAUUGUAGGAGCCGUAAGAGGACGUUUGGCGGAAACAGUAAAAGUUACGAGGUGGGACAAUUGGGCGGCUGCGAGUUGGAAGCGAGACGUUUCGCGGCGGUAAUCAAGGUUUUGAAGACGAUGAUUGUUAACCUCGUGCAGGAUCGGACAACCACGAAGAGAGAUGUGUACUACCAGGAUGUCGGGUUGUUUCAGAAAUCGCAGCCGUUUGCCAAUGAAUUGAUUGAAUGCAUCGUGGGGUCGCUAGGGAUGUGCGCCGAAAGGGACCUCAAGAUAUUUGCGUCGCAGAAAGGGCUUAUGUUUGGCAAUAUGCGGUUCAGACGUGCGGGGGUGGCGUGGGACUUGGACGAGCCGGUGUUGAUUCCCAGAACGAACGACUUGGAGGCCAUGGAGCCUCCGAAGGGCAUUGUAGUGAUUGAAAAAGAGGCGAUUUUCAAGUCGUUCUGUAAGUAUAUCCAGAAUAUAGACGUCAAUUUGAUUGCCGUGACGGGCAAGGGUUUCCCUGAUAACCUCACGAAGCGGUUUGUGGGGAAUUUGGGCCAAUUAUAUCCCGAUGUGCCAAUAUUGGCGUUCAUGGAUUCCGAUGUGUACGGCUUGAGCAUCUGCAAAAACUACAAAUACGCCAAAAACUUCGAUGCGAUGCUAUGUCCGCUGCUAACGUUCGCGGGGGUAUUUUUAACGGAGUAUGCUAGUGGGUGGCUAGAUAUAUCGGUUAGAGAUUGGAGAAUGAUGAGUAAUUUUAUUAGGGACAUCAAGCUCCUACAAAGACCCGUUCUGGAAGCGAAGGAAUUGGACAAAUGGCACAGAGAGCUUACUAGAGGUUUGGUCCUAUUCAAGAAAUCAGAAAUGAAUAUCGUAGAUUCGUGUCCUAAUGAGUAUAUUUUGAGAAAAAUCAAACAACACAUUCAGUAG